AUGCGCCAGCUGGAGGCGGAGAACCUCCACGUGGAGGCGCUUGCGGCUAGGCGGCAGCCCAAAUCACUCUACGAGAUCCGCCUGGAACGGCUGCGGAAGCGCAUGCGGCAGCUGGAGCAGGAGAACCUCCACGUGGAGGCGCGCCAUUGGACGAUGCGCGGCGAGGUGACAGCUGGCAGCCGCCCGAAGAACAGCGCGCUGGCGGCCGACCUGGACUUUGAGCACGCGGCCCGGCCGGCGCCCGUGAUUACAGAGGAGGUGACUCAAACGAUUGAAGAGAUCAUCAAGAGGAGAAUUCUUAAUCAACAAUUCGAUGACGUGGAGCGUAAGGCCAAGCCCGUAGCGACACCUGUCAAGGGGAGAUUGGAGCUGGACGACAACCCCAGCGCACAGGGACUCGCAGAAAUCUACGAGGCCCAGUUCCUCAAAGCGGCUGGCCAGGCCACCGAGGGCAUGAGCGCCACUGAUCAGAUCAAACACGAGGCAGCGCGCAUGUUCAAGCAUCUGUGCACCAAACUUGACGCACUCUCACACUUCCACUUUGCUCCCAAGCCGAUCAUGGACGACAUUGACGUCACAGCCAACGUGCCUGCCAUUGCCAUGGAAGAGGUAUGUCUGGUGGAGGUAUGUCUGGUGGAGGUAUGUCUGGUGGAGGUAUGUCUGGUGGAGGUAUGUCUGGUGGAGGUAUGUCUGGGGGAGGUAUGUCUGGGGGAGGUAUGUCUGGGGGAGGUAUGUCUGGGGGAGGUACACCUGGUGGAGGUACACCUGGUGGAGGUACACCUGGUGGAGUGGUGUGUGUGGCGCUUGUGGUAUCUCCUGUGCUCACCUCGGUGCUCCCCGCUUCACUUCUCUGGUUCCGCCGCCGUUAGUCACACUUCUCCUCCCGGAGAGAAGGCCGAAAACCAGAAGAGCACACAGGCAGUCCCUGGCGCAGCAUCUGGUGGGGGUGGUGCUGCUGCAGGCAGUGGUGGGCGCAAGAUACGUGUGGUGGAGAGAGGGCAGCAGAAGCAGGGCCUAUCAGAUUUCACCAAUUCAGCAAAGGUCUUCACGCACAUCCAGGACAUGAGAGCAUCUGGCAGCAAGAAGCAGCGGGCGGCAGUGCCAUCGCAGCACGAGCCGCAGCAGAUUCGGGCGGCGGCACUCAAGCUGUGA